AUGAAAUUCAAGAGAACAAUACAAAAAACAUUUGGAUCGUCGAAAGUGAAGAGCAUACAAAUGCAUCCUACAAAAGCCAUAGCAAUAAUAGGGCUGUUUAGUGGGGAUGUACAGGUCUGGGAUAUAGAUAAAAUGAGCAUGGUGAGUAAUAUCCAUGUAUCUAAUGAGCCUAUUAGAACCUGUGUAAUCCUGAGUAGAAUGGAUUGGCUACUUGUGGGGAGUGAUGAUGGAAAUGUCAAUGUCUAUGAGCUAGGGAAGUAUAGGAAAAUCAAGACUUUCUAUGCACAUGACGACUUUAUCAGAAAGAUUGAAGGCCAUCCUCAGGAUUCGUUGUUUCUGACUGCCUCAGACGACACGACAUUAAAGAUGUGGGUAUAUGAAGGAGAGAUAAGCCAAAAGAUGGUGUACACAGGACACACACACUUUGUAAUGGAUGUAUGCUUCUAUCCAAAUGAUAGUGGUAAGUUUGUUUCAUGUUCUUUAGACUCAACAAUCAAGGUAUGGAACGUAGGCCAGUCGCAUUGUGUGAAGACAUUCAGGGGGCAUGCAUCAGGAAUAAACAGUAUAUGUUUCCUCAGCGGAGAUUACUUAGUUUCAGGGGCCGACGACCUGGUGCUAAAGGUCUGGGACUUUCAAACGACCCAGUGCAUAACAACUCUUUCUGGACAUACAAACAACAUCAACAAAGUAUAUCUAUUUACUAGCUUCCCAUUGUUUGCCUCAUGCGGAGAGGAUGGAAGCAUAAGACUAUGGAAUAACAAGACAUUCAAGCAAGAGGACUUACUUAUGUUACAAGGGGGGAGAGUCUGGGAUGUGAAGGAGAAGGAUGGAAAGAUAAUUGCUGGAUGUGAUGAGGAGCUCGUCUUUAUCAAUGCUCAUCGAGGCUCGUCUCUUGUUAAGAUGAGCAAGAGCAGAAUAUUCUAUUCUGUUUCAGGCUCGAUUUUUGGAGUCAAGAGUGGGAACAUAAAUGCGUCUAAGGAACUGUGUAAUGUUGGGUUCUACCCCGAUGAGCUAGAAGUCUCUCCAAGUGGAAAAACAAUAGCAGUUGGAAGUGAAGGAGAAUUCCAUAUAUUUUCGUCGUUAGGAUUCCGAAAGAAGUUUAAUGGAACAGGGAGGGACUUCCAUUUCAUAAAUGAUGACGAGUUUGUUGCGAGAAACGGGGAUGAUGUGAGCUUUUACAAGAAGACUGAGGUUGUCAGAAGUAUCAGUAUAAAAGGGAUUAGCAAGUUGUUUUGCCUAAGCCCUACUCUAAUAGGAUGUAAUAUUUGCGACCAGACAAGGAUUUAUUCAUACUCGGGAGAGUUUAUUUUAUCCAUUGACCAUGCCUCUGACCAUCUGGCCAUAGUUGGGGACUUUCUAGUUGCAUGCGGAACAUUAGUAAGAAUAUACCGAGUGAAUUAUGAGGUCAUCGACGGAUUUAUUGAGCAAGGGAUUGAGGUUCCUGAAGAGGGGAUAAGCGACGCAUUAGUGCAUCUUGGAACCGAAUACUACUCGGUUUCAUCAUGGUGUGCAAGCGAGGAAGUCUUCUACUUUGUAUCAAACAAUAAGGGAUACUAUCUUAUCUUGGGCGACAAGCCUUAUGUACAUCACUUUUCGUCUAUCAAUGGAGUAGUUGCCGGUAUUGAGGACGGAACUCUAUUCUAUCUUCAUGACAAGGAGAUUGAGUCCAAAAAGAUCGACAUGGAGUUUCUUGAAUUCCAGAGAUCUGUAAUGCUUGAGAAGGAGUACAAGAUGACCGAAGGCAUACGUAGCAAGGCGAUUGCAUUCUUUGAGUCUCUAGAGAUGCAUGAAAAGGCCUUGGAACUCUGCACCGAUGAUAACCAGAAGUUUGAGAUUCUCCUUAAGCUAGAUAGAUAUGAUGAGGCAUUCUCAAAAGCAAACAGUAUUGUCAAGUAUGACAAGCUUGGAAGGUACUUCCUUAAAGCAGGGGAGCUAUCGAAGGCAUCUGAAUGCUUUCUUAGAUCAAAGAACUGGGUAUGUCUCCUUCUUGCAGAUAUUCUAUCUGGGAAAAAGAAUCUUAAUGUUGCUGGAGCAGAGUGCAGGAAGGAAGGAAGGCUUAACCAUGCAUUCUUUGCAUAUCUGAAGGAUGGGCAGUAUGCAGAAUGUGCGAAGUUGCUGGAAAGUACACCUUUCUUGCCCUUAUUUGCCAAAAACUAUCUUGAUUAA